AUGAAAACUUCCAAAAAAUCGUUCUUAACCCUUAGCGGCCACAUAUCAGUCAGGUCACACAGCGGUCCCAUAGGGGUAACUAGUUACCAUGUGCGGUCGCUAAGGGUUCAUGCGGAUCAGAAAUCGUCAACUGAUGAGGAAGAAAUCGGUAAAGCUAUUUCCCAAGGUCAGAAUUUUGUCUAUGAUAGAGACCGUCCUGAUAAAGGAGGUGCUACGGCACUCAACCGGUCACGGAGCAUCAAUCGUCAAAGACUAGUUGCUCAUAGCACAGCGAUGGAAAGUAUUCAAGCUGAAAGUGAACCUAUCGAUGAAGAAGAUGAUGUACCGUUAGAUCAAUCCAAUUUUUCUAGCAGUCCUGGUGGUAUUCCGGCAAGAAAUGCACGAGGCGAGCGUCUUCUACUUUUUAUUGGGAUCAUUGAUAUUCUUCAAAGUUAUCGACUGAAAAAGAAACUUGAACAUACAUGGAAAUCUAUGAUACACGAUGGGGAUACAGUAUCAGUGCAUCGGCCAGGAUUUUACGCACAGCGCUUCCAAGAUUUCAUGGCAAAAACUGUAUUUAAGAAAAUUCCAUCACGUAAGUAUUAUCCAAAUCAGCCUCUUUUGAUAAAUUUGACAUCGAUGCGAGCAUUGAAUAAAACACAAUCUUAAAUUAUGUUAUAAUUCAAGAAUUUUCAUUGCAAACAAGAAAAAACAU